AUGGAUGUACAUAGAGAAGACAUUGAUAUCAGCAUAGACACGGACGAGGUUCUAAAUGUGGAAGAAGAGUAUUACCAGAAAGGGUUUCGUGAAGGACAGGAACAGUCUACUAGACAGCAGGAGAUGGAAGGAAAAGAAUACGGAUACCAGACUGGAUUUCAGCGUUUCUUGAUUGUGGGCUAUAUAGAUGGAUUGGUAGAGCACUGGAGUCGAAAUAUCCAAACCUAUGAAGCUUCAGCUCUGGUCGCUAAUCACUUGAAACAGUUAGAGGCUCUCAUCAAAGAUAUUCCUAUUACUAAUGGCGAUGAGGAAGUAGCACAUUAUGAAAAAUCUGUAGCUAAGGCCAGGAACAAGCUCAGAGUGAUAGCGACUUUGGUAAAGGAAACAUCCAAAAUCGCCAAGCUUGAUGAACUUAUCAAAGAGGUUGGUGGUCAGCUUCAAGUCAGUGAAAAUGUAGAUGAUAUGUGGUAA